CCGCAAAAUGACAAUAUGAAGAGAAAGUAGAGUUCUAAGAGAAUUUUAUGAGACUGGAAACAUUCUAAGGUUUCCUGCAGGCUUUCUUUAGUUCAUCUGAGAGUGCAACAUCAUAAAUUCAAAGAAUUCUCAUUGUCAGAAAAAUAUCAGCAAAGACAUUGCCAUGGAUAAUAGCUUUGAAAUACUAGAUCUGAGUUCGUUAGGACGUAAUAAGACCUGGGUACAGAAGGCUUUUGGUGAUAUAUCUAAACGAUCUGCUGCACAACAAAUAACUAUUGGUGGAGUAUCAGGAUGGUGUACAGGAUUUGUGUUUGUAAGGUUUGGUAAAGUAGCUGCCGGUACACUAGGUGUGUCAUUACUUCUUUUACAGGUAGCACAACAUCAGGGGUAUAUUAAAAUCAACUACAAAGCAAUUCAGUCUGAGAUUAAAAAAACAAAAGAGGUAAUAAACAAAGAAGCCAACAGACAUUACCCAGGGGUGGUGGAAAAUGCCAAGAGAUUUCUACAGAAGAAUAUGUUUUUAGCUGGAGGGUUUGCAGGGGGAUUUUUAAUUGGAGUAGCAUUUUAAAUGGAACAUCAAACUACAGCAUGUUAUUAUAAGUAAUGUGUGUUUAAUGUCUAGUCCUUUGUUAUAUUUUUGUGGGUAUGAAUGGAUAUGAUAGGCCAUGUAGAUCAUGUGAAAGAUUUAUAACUAUUUUGGACAUGGGAGUCAUUGAAUAAAUGAAUCAUCAGAGAUGAAUGUUUGUUUACAAAACGUUUGUGUGUAGGUUAAGAAAUUAUGAUAAUGACAUUUUUAUUAUUAUAAAUUUAAAGAUAUACCAUGACUAUAGAUUUGUAUAUAGGGAUUUGUUUUAGCUUUCACCAAAAUACUUUCUGAAUUUAUCAAUAAAUGUGCUUUCAAUAAUUAGCCUUUUUGCAAAUAGGAUUGAUUGAAUGAUAACUGCAUAAUGUCAUGAAUAAAAAAAGACAAAAGUAGUAAAGUUGUUUAUAUUAGCUUCUUUUUUUUUCCCUUUCCUUGCAUUAUAUUAGUUAUCAGUCAAUUCUGUAUAUUUAUCUUUUUCAAUAAAACAGCAUUGCUACUGA